GCUCUCAACGAAGCAACAUCAAUUUCAUCCAUCUUCGUACAGGUUGAAUAUUUGGCGCGCAUUAUUCAAAAAAUAACCGAAGUUGAUUUUCAAUUUUUCAUGGUCGAAAAAAAUCAUUUGUUUCUUUUCUUUUCUCUACAAUUUUUGGUGUUUAUAAAUUUUGUGUUGGACUCAUACAAAAUACAAAACAUUCAAGUUCUUGAUUGCAGACUUUGUGUAUUGAAGUGUCGUAUUGCAUUUGCAUAAAUUGUCCGCAUUGCUUGACAUUUUCACUGUGUACGGCCCGAGUCCGAUAGCCGUUACAGUGAUAAAUUACUGAGUGUCACUUUUUAAUUAUUUUAUGAAGCAAAUUAGAAUGUAAGCAAUAAAUAAGAACACAAGUACAUUUCUGAAUGGUCGUGUGUCGUAUAUAAAAAAAGAAAAGAACAAAAUUGGUGUUUUGUCUGCACAAGUGCGUUUGUAAUAAUUAAUUGGCCAAGAGCGAAACGCGAACCAAGAUCAACAUUGAUGCACACAGAUUUGCGCAUCAUACUACCUUAAUUAGUGGAUAUCGUUUGGUUUCAUAACGAUAUAAUUCAGGCAUCUAUGCACAGAGAGAUCGUAAACAACGAUACAUAAAUUGAAAUAUUACAGAUAAACGUAACGUGCAAAAAAAAGUGGAAAGAGAUCAAGAUUUAUAGCUGCUAGACCGAGUGAAAAGCGAUAAAAUGGCCCGUUUAAUCAGUAUAAUUUAUCAUAUGCUAAUAUUGUAUUUGCAUGGAUGUUGGUCAAGUAGACCGCCACCAUCUGAACCAAAUAAACUGUAUGGCAUCAAAAUAAAUUGCACACGAGAUGUGUUCAACAUUAAAAUUGACAUGGGCAAAACAUUCAAAGGCAUCGUUUUUGCCAAAGAUUUUUUGGAUGAGUGUCGUGUUAAAGGUAAUCGAUCGACUGCUGUAGAAAUCAAUUUACCGAGCAAUGGUUGUGGUAUUCGCAGUGAACCACAAGCCGAUGGUUCGUUAGAGAUGUCUGUGCGUCUUGUCAUCCAAAUGGAUGAAAAAUUACGGCAACGAUCGGAUUUAGAAAGAUAUGUACGAUGCAAUUUACCAAAUGAAAUGAUGGAAAUGAACAUUGGCAUGACAGAUGAAAGGCGUGUAAACAGUAGGCACGGUCGAAUGUAUGCAAGUCCAAGUGGCUCCGAUGCAGAGAAAGAUAUACCAAGAAUCCGAGUAUGGCUGGAAUUGGGUGGAAGCGAUGGAUCUGGUAUAGUUGAAGUUGGUCAAAUGACAACGAUAAAUGUUCGAGCGAUGUUACCAGGAACGGUUGGUGUUCGAAUUGUGGAUUGUUCAGCUUUGGACGGUUUGGGUGAAUCCUCUCAAAAGCUGCUCGACGAAAGAGGCUGCCCAGUUGAUGAACAGGUAAUGCCGGCUCUUUUGGCGCGCGUAAGACCAAUUGAAGAGGGAUGGUCAAAACCACAUGCCGACGACACGGUAGAAAAAUUAUUCACUGCCACAUUCCCGGCAUUUAAAUUUCCCGAUCGUGAGCGUCUGCAUGUCACUUGUGGCGUUCAACUGUGCAAAGAAGAAUGUCCAUAUGUUGACUGUUCGGAAACCGAUCCAUUUGUUUUAGAUGUUGAUCAACAGUUGGGAAGAAUUGAAGUAUUCAACUCAUUGGCUGUGAUUGCACCACAGAUUGAAUUGGAUCGUUUACGAAGUGAUCGUCGAUACAAUGUCACUGUCGACGAAUAUCCAGCAAGAUUACGUCAUUUACGUUCCGAAGGCAUUUUAUGUAUGUCUUCAUCAAAGUUGGCGCUCGCCUUUGCGAUUCUUGGCAUGAUAUUUUUAGUGGCCGUAAUUGUUGCAAUCUUUUGCUUAAUUUGGGGCAAAUCGAAAUCUAGUCGAUGGACACACGGUACAAAUUCGAUGCGAGCCAACACUAGUAUAUUUUCGUCAAGUUCUAGUUCCAACUCUCGUUUCGGUGGUAAAUUGCUGAUACCGUAUAGUGGUUCAUUGCCAUACGGUCGAGUGUACUAGUUAAGCAUAUUGGAUCCAUACACAGUGAACAUACAUCGGUGAUAAGAAAUGUUCUUUGUAAAAAAGACUGAGGAGGCGUUCGAUCAAUAUACAAUUUGACAAAGAAAAGAAAAUACGAACCUAUACGUAUAUUGUAUUUGAAUUUGUUAUAUCUUUGAAUUAGUAUAAUCACAACAAAUUUAUUUAUUGUUCUAUCUAUUUAGGUUUCAGCAUAUCUGUUACUUGUUAAAAACUAAAUAUUUUAAGAGAAAAUAUUUUGUAAAUAUACAAACUUUGAAUUAGAACAAUUGUACAGUUAAAGUUAAGUUUUCAAACAAACGAUCAAUAAAAUCUUCAUUCGUUCUGUAUAAA